GUUUGCGUGUUGCAUACGCAUGUAUCAACUCACCCGUCUAACAAUAUAGUCACACUUGAUUGCUCUGGAAAAAACAAAUCGACAAGUAAACAAUGUAAAGUAUCUGUUUUGAUCAAUGUUGAUUUACACGCAGUUUGUUAAGAUUCGUGAUCUAAGGAAACACAUAUUUCUAUUUUAAGAGAAAUGGACCAGGCACAACAAAUGAACGGUAACGCCCAUGGAGCCUCGAGAGGACAUGUGAUGGUUACAGGGGGUGCCGGAUACCUUGGAUCCACGAUGGUACCUAUGCUCCUUAACGAAGGUUUCGAAGUUACAGUAUAUGAUAUUUUUCUGUGGGGAAUUAAUUCCCUUCUCCACGUUAUGCCGAAUCCCAAACUUCACAUCAUCAAAGGAGACAUUCGUGACAAACAGAAAUUAGAAGAAGCCAUGUACGAUAAAGAUAUAAUUAUUCACUUGGCAGCCAUUGUCGGUUAUCCUGCUUGUGACAAGGACCCGGAUUGUGCGAUUGAUACUAAUGUUGUUGGUACUAGAAAUAUUGCUGAACUUUUGCGACCAGACCAAAAGAUGGUCUAUGCCAGUACAGGGUCAUGUUAUGGAGCGGUUGAUAAUCUAUGCACAGAAGAAACCGAAAUAUGUCCUUUAACACUGUACGGAAGUAGCAAAGCUGAUGCAGAAAAGCAUGUCAUUAAAGCUGGUGGCAUUGGUCUUCGAUUGGCCACUGUAUUCGGAUUAUCACCAAGGUUACGGUUGGAUUUGCUGAUCAAUGACUUAACAUACAAAGCCCUCACGCUGAAAGAAUUUGACCUUUACGAAGGGUCAUUCCGUCGUACAUUUCUACACGUGCGCGAUGCAGCAAGAGCAUUUGUGUUCGCAUGUCUAAAUUACGAUAUAAUGAAAGGACAAGCAUUUAAUGUGGGAGAUGAAAAAAUGAAUAUGACGAAAUCCCAUGUAGCUCGCGUCAUCCAGGACCACGUGAAGGGCUGUUCCAUAACGGAAUCUAAUUCGGGCCAAGACAAAGACAAGAGAGACUAUGAAGUGUCUUACCAAAAAAUUCGAAAGCUUGGAUAUAAUUCCACUAUUAGUGUUGAAGACGGGAUCAAGGAAAUGUUGAAAAUUUUACCCAUUUUACACCCAAACGACAUCGGAAAGUGCAAAAAUGUGUAAAAGUUUUUUUCAUUU